CAUUAAGAAGCAUCGCGAUAUCACACGCAUCUCAUUCGAGAUACACUGGAGGGAUUUCUCCGUGUGUGCAGUGAGCUAAGCUAACGCGCUAUCGUAGUAAAGAUAACCUAUCUAACUGCACCACUAACCUCUUCUUGGCAAACAAGUCAGCUCCGAGAGAGAGUCAAAAUGGAUUUAGAAGAUGACACUACUGUUUUAACAACCUUGAAGUCCUUCAAUUCCUUCAUCAGCUGCACUGAACCUCCACAGCGGCUGUCAGAGCACUCAGUGGGGACUGGAAACCUGCAGAGUCAGUACAAACGCAGCAUGGAGUUGCUGGAGGCUGCGGAGAGGCUUCACUCUAAGAAUCGCUACCUUCAGUUGGACCAGGAGAAGAAGCAGAUGGAGCUGAGUCACAAGCGAGCUCGAUUUGAACUGGAGAAGGCUGCUUCUGACAGCGCACGAGACUUGGAGCAUGAGGUUGACCGGAACCAAGAACUCUUGGGGCGAAUAAAGAAAUUGGAGGAGAGGGAAACUGUGGCAGCCAAAAACCUCUCGGAGCAGGUGGAGGCAAAUCGUGCUCUCCGCAAGAACCUGGAGAGCCUGAACAAGAAACUGGAGGAGCGAGAUAUUAGACUGAACGCUUCUAACCAGACCAUCAGUUCUUUGAAGGAUGAGAUCAGAGAGCUGAAGCAGCGGAUUCACAAUCAAGACUCGACAAUUUCGACUCAAACUCUUGAAAACCAAGAACUACAGGAACAGUUAGAUUUACAACGCAGGAAGUAUCAGGAAGUCUCUGAGCUUUGCCAGAAUCUCCAAGCUGCACAGUCCACCUGCUCAGAGCACAUCGUGAAGAUUAAGGAGUUGGAGAGGCGUCUUGCCCUCCAGGAACAAGACGUCGCCAUCGUGAAGACUGUGAAGUCAGAAGUGGCGAAGGUGCCAGAGCUGGAAAAGGAGUUGAAGCGCCUCAGAGAAGAUAAUGCCUUUCUCAGGGAGAGCAGAGAGAAUUGCAGCCUGUUGAAAGAGGAGGUGGAGGGGCUAACGAAGAAGCUGGAGAGGAUGGCGAAAACAAAAGAAGAGCUGGUCAAUAUAGAACUGGAGAAGGAGAGGUUGGCAGAGAAACUCCAAGCCUGGGAAAACCUGGGCCAAUCUACAGGACUCAACAUCAGGAAACCAGAGGAUCUGUCCAGGGAGGUGAUUCAGAUCCAGCAGAGAGAAUUUGCUCUGAAAGAGCAGAACUACACACUCAACAGCCGUGUGAGGAGUGCCGAGCGUUCGCAGGCUGAGAUCCAUGCAGAGCUUUCCCAGCAGCGCAGCAAGGCUCUGGAGGAGCAGAAGAAGAGGGAGACACAGGACGCUCUCGUCCGUCGACUGCAGAAGAGGCUGCUGUUACUAACCAAGGAGCGUGAUGGAAUGCGUGCCAUACUCGAGUCCUAUGACAGCGAGCUGGCACCUACUGAGUACUCUCCUCAACUCAACAAACGGCUCAGAGAGGCGGAGGACGUACUUCAGAAGACACAGAGCCACAAUGCGGAGAUAGAGGCCCAGCUGAGCAAAGCACAGGAAGAGACGGGAACCCUGAAAUUGCAGCUGCAAACAAUGGAGCUGGAGCUGGAGUCUCUAAAGAAGCAGCAGGCCUCUGUUGCUGACAGCAGUUCUUUAGUGACCAAAGAAGAGGUCAGCGUACUCAGACAGAAAAUUGAAGAUUUAGAGGCAGAGCGGCAGCGUUUGGAGGAGCAGAACAACAACCUGGAGAUGAGACUGGAGAGACACAACCUUCAGGGAGACUAUGAUCCAGUUAAAACCCGAGUUCUGCACUUCAGAAUGAACCCCACCACUGUUGCCAAGCAACAGCGGCAGCAGGAAGUUGAGUCCCUUCGAGAGGAAGUGACACGUCUCAGGGAACUUGUGCACUCGUUGCAGGACGGAGGUGCUGGGGUCCGUUCACAAGACGACUCCAGUAUGCACACUCCCAGCCUCGGUCUCAGUUUGCCGCCAUCGAAGGAGGUGCUGGAUUUACGUAAGCAGAUGGAGAGCUCAGAGCUGAGGAACCAGAGGCUGAAGGAGGUGUUUCAGAGGAAAAUUCAGGAGUUCCGCACAGUCUGCUACGUGCUGACCGGCUAUCAGAUAGAUAUCACCACUGAGAACCAAUACAGGCUCACUUCAGUCUACGCAGAGCACAUGGACGACUCCUUGCUCUUCAAAAAGGGCUCCAGCGGAAGCAUGCAACUCAUGGAAACCGAGUUCUCCAAAACUCUGGGGGAAAUGGUGGCCCUUCAUCUCCAUCACCAGAAGAGCAUCCCGGCGUUCCUCUCUGCUGUGACCCUCGACCUCUUCAGCCGACAAACCACAGUCUGAAGGAAUCAGGACACCAACUCAGACACAGGGCUGGAAGAUUUAAGAUUUGAGAAUUAGUUUGUGUUUUUUCUUAAAUUUCAGUUUUUUUUUAUCUCUCAUUUUUGCUUUUUUUGUCUGCAAUACUCACUGAGUAACUCAACAACUUGCAGUUGGUGCCGUAUGGUGGAGGCAACACUUCCAACUAAGAUUCAAAGGGCCAACAAAGCUGUUUUGUAUUCGCUAUUUGUAUCACUGAAUAUUUCAUCAGUGCAACAGAUGGAAUAAAACUGCCAUGAAAAUGAUGAACAAAGGACACCGAUACACUAUGUAGACAAAAGUAUUGGGACACCUGGCCAUUACACCGAACCAGAAGGCCUGGCUCGCAAUCUCCGUUUCAGGUCAUCCCAGAAGUGUUGGAUGGGGUUGAGGUCAGGACUCUGUGUGGGCCAGUCAAGUUCUUCCACACCAAACUCACCCAGCCAUGUCUUUAUGGAGCUUUGCUUUGUGCACUGGGGCACAGUCAUGCUGGAAUAGAAAAGGGCCUUCAACAAACUGUUGCUUCCCACUUCCCACCAUGUUUACUGCACACCGAGAGGAGCAGAAGAAACAUUUCUUCGGUAUAUGUGUUUCACGUGGCCUUUACCGAGGCUGCGUCUUUGUUGACUUUUUAAUACUCCCUUUGUGUCCUCUCUCUUGGGGCCUUGUAUGAAAGGUUUCACGUGGAUGUUUUGUGGUUAUAGCUAAACCAAGCCAAUCCGAACACAGUGUUCAAGGAACCCAUUUGGUUAGAAGAUCACUGGAUUUGACUGCUUUUCCUCUUGUCAUUUGUGUGGUGGGAAAUAUCAGAAUUUGAAAUUAGUUUUGAUCAUUCAUCUAAUUUAGUCAUGCCAUACAUUUAUUAUUUUAAUAAAUGAUUAUGUGUUUGAACUGGA